AUGGAGGCCAGACUGAAAGUAACAUUUGACAUUUUUGAUGAAGUGUUGAAAGAAAUUAAAGAUUGGAGAAGAAAACUCAAAGAUUUACAACUGGAAAUUCAUAUCUUUGAAGGAAGAGAUGUUGUUGGAUGGAUGAUCAAAGUUGAAAAAUAUUUUAAUGCAGGAGGCGUAUGUAAAGAAGAAGAUCAAAUACCAAGAGUUGCGCAGUGGAUGAGUGGUAAAGUCGUCACAUGGUACCAAUUAUGGGUUUUGGCCAAUCCAAGUGCCACUUUGAGAAUUUUUAAAGAGGCAAUUCUCAUGAAAUUUGGGCCAGAAAUUGAUUUAGUAGAUAAUCAAUCAACGGAAAUGAGAGAAAUGAGAUUCAAUGAUGAACCAAAUAAACGCCCACCGCCACAAUGGUUCUACCAACAGCCGUUGUUGCCGAAACCUCAAAACGCCGGGUAUCACAUGGUGAUUAUUGUUGUUCCUAAGAUAAAGUAUAGGAAAGAGAAAGUUCCACUUUCACAAGAGAGUCAUCCAAGACUGAUAAGUUAA